GCGGCGGGCUUUUUUUACUUGCGGAAACAUCUACACCGUGGCACCGGUAACGAAUUAUAGCUCUGAAUUUGUUGGUACCAUUUUAGUGUCUGAACGACAUGGCAUUAACCAAGGUGGCGAAAAUCAGUAUUGGAUGGUAGGGCAGUUGUCGUAGCUGGGGGACUGUACGCAUUUGUAGUAUCAAAACGAUCCAUCGAAAGUAAGCGUUAUGAGACCAUGAAAGCAAGAGAACGUGUACAAAACUCAAAUUACGAAUAACCGGAUUGAUUACAUCGAGCAGUUGAGGUGCUAAGCAAGUUGUGUUUCAAAAUAUUCAUCAGCAAUGGCCGGUAUACCACAGCUUGACGAGGAAAAAUUGAAACUGGUUCAAGAUUUGGAGAUAGAGAUCAUGACUGACAUGUACAACCGCAUGACAUCUGCCUGCCACAGAAAGUGCAUUCCUCCGAAGUACUCUGAGCCAGAACUUGGCAAAGGUGAAUCUAUAUGUUUGGAUCGGUGCAUUGCCAAGUAUCUUGAUGUCCAUGAGAGAAUCGGCAAGAAGCUCACACAGAUUUCAAUGCAAGAUGAAGAUUUUAUGAAACGAAAAAUUGCAGAGCAGUCUAAUGCUGGCUAAUCUUACAUCUCAGAACAAUAUAUCACCCGGUCCUUUGACCUAAUAGUAGUUUCCAUAGUGACUUAAUUUCUGGGAUUUUAUAUUUAUAUAUUUGGUUUUCCAUGGCUCACUUGAACUUUGCACAUGGAUUUGCUAAUUUCUGCGCUUCAGAGUUGUGUAGUUCUCUUUCAGCAAAAACCAUAAUUUGUUUAAUCGUGACUACAGCUUUGUUAAUUACCUAGUCUAAUAAUUGAUGACACAAUGAUCAUGUUAAUAAAAAACAAAAUGUUACUGAU